GAGGCGCCGCAGCAUCUCCGCCUUUUGUGCGUCGGCCACCCGAGGGGUGGUGGAUCCGUCCGUCCCAGCACCAUGGCCUGCCUGCACGAGACCCGGACCCCUUCCCCGUCCUUCGGCGGCUUCGCGGCCGCGCUGAGCGAGCCUUCGGUGGUCCGCAAGCCGGACCCGGAGGCGUCGGACUGCACCCCCGAGAAGGACCUGACCCCCACGCAGUGCGUCCUCCGCGACGUGCUCCCCCUCGGAGGAGCCGUCCCGGGGGGCUCCCCGGGGGGCGGCGGGGAUGCCGCCUCCGAGCCCUUCGCCAACAGCGUGCUGCAGCUCCACGAGGGCGAGGCUGGGGGCGCGGGGGCGGCCGGGACCCCCGAGGCCCGGACCCCCCGCUUCCGCGCCGACGAGGUCCGGCUGCAGUGCCAGAGCGGAGGCAGCGGGUUCCUGGAGGGCCUCUUCGGCUGCCUGCGGCCCGUCUGGACCAUGAUCGGAAAGGCCUACUCCACUGACCACAAGCAGCAGGAAGCGCCCUGGGAAGUGCCUUUCGAGGAGAUCCGGGACCUGCAGUGGGUAGGCUCGGGGGCCCAGGGCGCCGUCUUCCUGGGCCGCUUCCACGGCGAGGACGUGGCCGUGAAGAAGGUGCGGGACCUCAAGGAGACCGACAUCAAGCACCUGCGGCGACUCAAGCACCCCAACAUCAUCACCUUCAAGGGUGUGUGUACCCAGGCUCCCUGCUACUGCAUCCUCAUGGAGUUCUGCGCCCAGGGCCAGCUGUUCGAGGUCCUGCGGGCCGGGCGGCCCGUCACCCCGUCCCUCCUGGUCGACUGGUCCAUGGGCAUCGCGGGUGGCAUGAACUAUCUGCACCUGCACAAGAUCAUUCACCGAGACCUCAAGUCGCCCAACAUGCUGAUCACCUACGACGACGUGGUCAAGAUCUCGGACUUCGGCACAUCCAAGGAGCUGAGCGAUAAAAGCACCAAAAUGUCCUUCGCGGGGACCGUGGCCUGGAUGGCGCCCGAGGUCAUCCGCAACGAGCCCGUGUCCGAGAAGGUGGACAUCUGGUCGUUCGGCGUGGUGCUGUGGGAGCUGCUGACGGGGGAGAUCCCCUACAAGGACGUGGAUUCCUCGGCCAUCAUCUGGGGAGUGGGCAGUAAUAGCCUCCACCUGCCCGUGCCGUCCAGUUGCCCCGACGGUUUCAAGAUCCUCCUCCGCCAGUGCUGGAACAGCAAGCCCCGGAACCGGCCGUCCUUCAGGCAGAUCCUGCUCCACUUGGACAUCGCCUCUGCCGACGUCCUGUCCACUCCCCAGGAGACCUACUUCAAAUCCCAGGCGGAGUGGCGGGAGGAGGUGAAGCUGCAUUUCGAGAAGAUCAAGUCGGAGGGGACCUGCCUGCACCGGCUGGAGGAGGAGCUCGUCACCCGCCGCAGGGAGGAGCUCAGACACGCCCUGGACAUCCGGGAGCAUUACGAGCGGAAGCUGGAGCGGGCCAACAACCUCUACAUGGAGCUCAACGCGCUCAUGCUGCAGCUGGAGCUCAAGGAGCGGGAGCUGCUCCGACGGGAGCAGGCCCUGGAGCGUCGGUGCCCGGGCCUGCUGAAGCCUCACCCGCCUCGUGGGCUGCUGCACGGGAACACGGUCGAUAAAUUCAUCAAGAAGCGCAACGUUUCGCAGAAGCUGUCGCCGCACAGUAAAAGGCCGGACAUCCUGAAGACGGAGGCCCUGCUGCUGCCCAAGCUGGACUCCGCGCUGAGCGUCUCGGGCCCCUCCGGCUGCUCCCGGAGCCCCCCGGCCCCGCAGCGCGCCCGCAGGCCCAAGGCCCGGCCCCGGAAGGCCGGCCCCCCGUCGGGCCCCCCCGUCGGGCCCCCCCUGCGGCCCCCCCGGCCCUCGGAGGGGCGUCCAGCUGCUGCCCCCCGGUCCUGCGCGGCCUGCACCCAAACCUGCUCCUCCGCCACGUGCCGCCGCCGCCGCCGUCGCCGUCGUCGUCGUCGUCCCCGGCCCUGCUGUCGGCCGCCCUGGGGCUCCACCAGCCCGGACUCCCCGGGGGCCAACGGCAGGGCCGAGCCGGGCCCGGCCGGGGGGGCUUCGGGGGGCUCCGGCCGGGGGGCCCGCCCCAACCCCCAGCACCUCACCCCCAAGGCCCUCCUCUACCGGGCCGCCGUCACCCGCAGCCAGAAACGGGGGGUCUCGUCCGAAGAGGAGGAGGGUGAAGUGGACAGCGAGGUGGAACUGGCCCCGCGGCAGAGGUGGCCACAGGGCCUGAGCAAGCGGCCGUCGCUGUCCACGUUCAGCUCGGAGAACUUCUCGGACGGCGAGGAGGGCACGGCCAGCGACCCGUCGCACAGCGGGACCCCCGAGGUGGGCAGCACCAACACGGACGAGCGGCCGGACGGGGGGUCGGAGCGGUCCGACGACAUGGUGUCCCAGGCCUCCGAGAUCCCGCUCGACGGCCCCGACGACAGGGAGCCCGCCGCCCCCUCACCCCGGCCCCCGCUCGCCGCCGACCAGGGCCCCGCCGCCGCCACCGCCGCCUACGAGGACUCCGACUGCGACAGCACAGAACUGGACAACUCGGGCAGCGGAGACGCCUUGCGGCCCCCGGCCCCCCCCGUGAGACCACCCCGCCGCCCCCCGGCCCGGGUCGCCCUGUACAUACAGAAAUAUUUAUAUAAAUAA